AUGGAUAUUCAAUCAGAUUCAAUCCAACCAUCAGAACAAUUAACCAAGGACCAAACAGAAGAAGAACAACAAAAUACUUCAAUAGCUGCCACAAUAUUACAAAUGGCUGCAAAUAAUGUUUUCAAUUUAGCAAUGCCUUCAAUGGAAAAUUUAACAAAUUCAAUGAUUAAUCCCGUAUUUUUGGCUAUGCUUUCAGCAUUAAAUAAUUCUGAUAACAAUAUUUCUCUUCCUUCUUUUAUUCAAAAUAAUGAGGAAGAAGAAACUAAUUUAUUGUCCUCACUAAACAUUCCUACAGUAAAUGAAACAGAAAAUUGUGCAACAACCUCUUCCCCUACAAAAAUUGAAGAAACCAACAAAGAUAACGACAAAAAAAGCCCUAGCAAUUCACCCAAACAAGAUUUACAAAUUUUCAAUAAUUCGAGUUCAAAUUCUCCUAAACUUGACUUUUCUUGUUUAUCUGAACAAUUUCAAAACCAACAACAAGAACAACCAUCAGCAUCUACUUCAUUUUUUUGUUCGCCUCAAUUACAAUUUCUUCAAUUAUUCCAAGCAAACCAACUUUCCCUCCAAAAUGAUCUAAACAACCCCGAAAUUUCAGAAGCCCCUAUAAUUGAAGAAAAUCAACAAAUUAAUUUAAAUUCGAAAAAGAGAACAGCCGGAAUUGAUCCCAAUUUUUGUGGAACAAAGCGAAGAAGGACUAGAACAAACUUUUCGAAUUGGCAAUUAAAUGAGUUAGAAAAUGCUUUUGAAUCUGGACAUUAUCCUGAUGUAUUUAUGCGUGAGGCAUUAGCCCUUCGUUUGGAUUUGCUCGAAUCAAGAGUUCAAGUCAGUUAUUUUAAAUUUAAUUAA